AUGCAGGCUCUGGCCGGAUCGAGGCCGAAGGUAGGAAACGAAAGACGCUCAGCCUACGCCGCAGAUGCGAGGCACGAGCCAGUGGUGAAGCCGCGCAUCUGUGCAGGCGCCAUAGAGCUUCGCCGCCGUCUCCGCUGGGAGCGUCGUCGCAGAUCUCGCUGCUUCUGA